AUGGCCUCGACAGGCCAGGGCGCUCCUCCGGGGCCUUCUGGCGGACAGUCAAGACCAGCGCCGCGCAAGCCCGCACCCGAUGGCGCGGGGGGGGCAGGAACGGCGCGGAAGCAUAGCGGUAGCGUCGGCGGCGGUGGCGCGGGGGGGGACCCUAGCCGAGCUAUCAACCGACAGCAUUCCGCUAGGUCGACAGUCUCCAGUGAGGAAUCGGAGGGCGGAGAAGGCUCCACCGUCAGAUCAACGGCUGGGGACGGUGGCGGUGCGGCAGGGGUUAAGUCAGACAAUGCUUCCGAGCCGCCCACUCCUAGAGGGAGUAGCAAAGGCGGCGGAGAGAGUAAAAAGCCUAAGACUUUCACGAGGAUGCUGUCUAAGAAGGGCGGCAGUUCAAGCGGCACCGGGACGGCGACGAACGCCAGUGGUGGUAGCAGCAGCGGACGGCACAGAAGCGGCUCAGGAAUCCCCUCCGGAGCACCUCACCCACACCCACCAGCAGGUGCUGCAGCAGCAGCAGCAGCAGCGGCGGCGACUGCGGCGGCGUCGACAGCAUCGGCGGAAGCGGCGGCGGCGGGUUACAGCAGCGACGCGUCAGUAGCCAGCAAGUCGUCCGGAAGAUCGGGGGCGGUGAAGAGAUCCGCGGCUGUGAGCAUGGUGCGGCGAUCGACGGGCGUGAUGCUGGUGAUGGACCCGUGGACGGCCAAGAUCUUGCACGUGAGCGAGGGGGGAAUCACGGCGCUAGGGUACAGCAAGGCGGAGCUGAGGGAGCGCACGAUCUGCGACUUGGCGGAUGGGCUGACUCUCGUGGAGUGGUCCAAAGCCAUUGGCGGACUCGCCAGUCAGGAGGCGAGAAGGGUGGUGCUUAGGUUCCGUCUGUGCAAGACAGCGGAGCGCAAGGCCACUUUGUUGGGGCAGAAGGUAGACCUGGAGUUACAGCUGCAUGGCGCCGGCGAGAACAAAGACCUUGUGGGUACCAUGACGCUCGCUAACCCGGACCUUACUUCUUCCCGGCACGCUGGCAGCAGCAGUAGCAGCAGCAGUUCCUCUCACCACCACCAGCACAAGGAGAAAGGGGCUUCCGGUGGUGCAGGGAAGGAGGGCUCCGCUGCAGCUCCUGCUGCUGCUGGUGCUUCAGCUGCGGCUGGUGCCGCGGCUGGUAAUGCCACUGGGGGAAAGGAGGGAGCGGCGAAAGGGGCGACGAGUGGCGAUGCUGGUGCCUCUGGUGGUGCGUCUGCUGCUGGUGCGUCAGGCUUAGCAGGCAAGGCCAGACGACCUGGGGGUGAUAGGCCCGGCAGCGGCGCAGUCAAUAGGAGUGGGAGUGUUAGUGGUGGUGGUGGUGCUGCUGGUGCUGCGUCGCCGUCCCAGCAGAGGAGAGAGAGAGUGCCAGGGAGGGAGAAACCGGAUGGAGCUGCGAGCAGGGCUGCUGCUGAUGGUAGUGGCAGCAGUGGGGCCAGCAGCACCGUUGCAGCUGCGACGGCAGCAGGGGCAGCUUCGGGAGCAGGGGAUGGCAAAGAGAAGGAGAAAGAUGCGGCGAGAGUGAGCAGGGAUAAGGAGAGAGAGAGGCGAGUGAAGGAGAAGGAGGAGAAGGGGAGGAGUGCGGGGAGUAGGGACAAGGAGCGGAAGGCAACGGAGGGGGAGGGGAAAGGGGAGGACGGCGGGGAGAGUACUGCAUCUGAAAGUAGGGAAGGCGAGGCAGCGAGCAGCGGCAGACGCCCUAGCAGCAGCACCACAGGAGGAGUUGCAGGGAGUGGGGGCUCGGCUGGGGGGGCGGGGACAGCAGCAGCCGGUGCUAGCAGUGUGAGUGGCGUGAAGAAAGCACCAGUAGUGCGGAUACCGUCUGGGGAGAACAGCAAGGGGAGUGAGGUGGGUACGCCUACGAAGCGGCGCAGCAGCAGCAAGAGAGCGUCAGAGCUCAGUGGUGCUGGCGCUGAAGGUGCGGUGAGCAGCCCCAGAACCCCCACUGGCUCCCGCUCCCGCUUCUCCUCCUCUUCCUCUGUCCCUUCCGCGGGUGCUGCUGGGAGCGCGGGGGCGCGGGAAGCAGGCGCAGGCGCGGAAGGGGACGCGGGGGUGAAGAAGCCUGGCAGACUGGCGACCGCUGGAGGGCCUGGGGCGCGGGGAAUGGGGAGAGCGGAGAGCACCGGUGGUGCUGGCGCGAAAGGGGCGCAGAAAAAGGGGGUGGGCGGAGGUGAAGAGAUGGGAGGAGGGGAGGGGGUUGGGGGAGUGGAAGGGGCAGGGGAAGGAGAGAUGGGGAUGGGGGAGGAGGAGGAUUUGAUGGAUGAUAUGGUGCUGAUGGAUGCAGCAGGGUUGGGAACGGUGACGCUGGUGGCAGCAACACGCACUGUGGCAGUGAGCAACGAGGGCAUGGCGGCCAUGCUGGGGCGCGCCAGGGCGGACGUGGACGGCCACUGCUUUGCGGACCUUGUGGUUGAUGCUGACCGACCCAAAUUCGAGGCCUGGUUGGAUCGAGUGUGCAAGAAGCCUGAGGAGGACCAAAGUUCUGCCUCUGCUACUGCCGACUCUGCAGAAGCAGGGAAAGCAGAGACGGCGGUGCCUGAUGGUCAAGGAGAUAGCGCAAUGGAAAUGCUUGGCACUGCUGCUGCUGCCCCUGCUGCUGCUGAUGGUGCUGCUGGCAAGGACGGUGGCGCAGUUCUGGCAGGAGAAGGAGCAGAAGCAGCAGCGGGCGGAACAACAGGACCAGAGGCAGCAGCAGCAGCAGCAGCAGCAGCAGCAGACGAGGUAGGAAAGGAGGGAGGAAGUGCAGGAACAGGGGCAACAGCAGCAGGAGCAGCAGCAGUGGCGGCAGAGGCAGCAGUAGGGCAGGGGAGGGAUUGUUUGGAGGUGCGGAUGCAGCACAAGCUGGGAGGGUCUGUGCGUGUGCGUAUGACUGCUGCUCUGCCACCACCACCACCAGCAGCUCCUGACACACAAGCUGCUGCCCACCAGGACAGUCACAAUGAUACCGCAGACGCUGCUACAGCUGCUUCUACCACUGCUGCUGCCGCCGCUGCUGCUGGUGGUGCUGCUGCUGCUGUGACUGCUGGUGGGAAGGGCGGCAGUGGUGGAGGGGGGGUGUUGCCGGAAGUGGUGGCGCUGCUGGUGCAUGACAUCACGGGGUGCUGCCGGCAUGGUGAGGAGAUGAGGGAGGCCAAGCAGGCAGUGCAGGAGGCAGCAGUGGAGGGCAACAAGGAGUUUGCUCGCAUUGUGUGCCGGGAGGUCGGCACUGCUAUCAAUGGCGUGGUGGGAAUAGCGGAUCUGCUACUGGACACGGACCUAGCAGGCGAGCAGCGCAUAUUCAUGGAGCUCAUUCUCGCCACGUCCUCCAACCUGCACACCGUGCUCUCCAACCUGCUCCUCUCCGCCGCCACCCACCCGCCGCUGCCCGGCGCUGGGGGCUUCUCCAAGCCCUCGCUGCACCUCGCCACACAGGACGUGGACCUGCACCGCCAGGCUCGGUCUUGGGAUUAUCUCGCUGGGGGGCUCUCCAAGCUCUCGCUGCACCUCGCCACACAGGACGUGGACCUGCACCGCCAGGUGCGGGAGUGUGUGCGGCUGGUGGACGUGGUGGCAAAGGAGAAGGGACUGGCGCUCAUGUGUGGGAUAGACUCAGCGGUGCCACGCAUGGUGGUCACGGAUGCAGUGCGCCUCAGACAAGUGCUCAUGAACCUGCUCUUCAACGCCCUCCACAACACCAACCGGUCUCAACCUCACAUCACCACUCCUCCCCCUCUCCUUCCGCCUCCCCCUCUCCCUUCCUCACCCGCUCACUCUCCCCCUCACCCUCCCACGCACCCUCCCCCUCCCCAUCCCCCUCUCCCUCCCCCUCCCCAUCCCACUCACCCUUCCCUUCCCUCUCCCGUUUCUCCCUCUUCCUUGGGCGACAUCACAGUGAGUCUGCGUCUGGCGUCGCGGUACGAGAGGGAGCAGGUGCAGGAGCGGCGCAGGGAGCACAAGGCGCAGCAGCGCGCCCUCCUCGGCCCCGCCGCUGCCUCCGCUGCCGCUGAUGAAGAUGACGAGGAGGAGGGGGACAGUGCGGGCGCGCUGCUGCUGCGCUUUGAAGUGCGGGACUCGGGGACAGGCAUGCCGCCUGCUAUCAGAGACGAGCUCACUGCCAUGUUCGCCUCUACCCUCCCAGCGGAGUCAGUGAGCGGAGUGAGGGGCACGGGCCUGGUAAUGGUGAAGAACCUGCUGGACAUGUUUGGCGGCUUCCUGCGCCUUGACAGUGACGAGCACCGUGGGUCAUCCAUGGUCUUCUUUGUGCGCGUGGCCAUUCCCGAGGUCAUGCUCACGCCCGCCCAGCUCAGCCCCCACGAGCCCCCGGACAUGGCGCUCUGGCGCAGACUGGCAGACAUCCGUGUGCUGCUCGUUGAUGAGGACAAGAUGAGUGAGAUGAUAGCAUCCAGUGUGUUCCGUCACCUGGGUCUCCCCAUGGACACAGCCCACACUGCCAUGGAUGCUGCAUCGCUCUGCCACAAGUACAAAUACGACCUCAUCCUCAUUGACUGCAACCUGUCGGGCAUGGACGGGUUUGACACGGCGAGGCUGCUGAGGGCGCAGGAGAAGGAGGGAGUGGGGCGAGCGGGCGUGUACGAGCGCAGCUGCAUGGUGGCGCUCACGCCCGGGCUCACCACGAGCAGCGACGAGGAGCAGCAGUGCACGCGUGCCGGCAUGGACUGCUUCAUCCCCAAGCCCGUGCGCCUCAAGGACCUGCAGAUGGUCAUCAGGCCUGUGAGAUGGCUGUCAGGUGAGGGCAGGCCUGUGAGAUGGCUGUCAGGUGAGGGCAGGCCUGUGAGAUGGCUGUCAGGUGAGGGCAGGCCUGUGAGAUGGCUGUCAGGUGAGGGCAGGCCUGUGAGAUGGUUAUUAGCUGUUUCUCUGCAGCCCACCGUUGCUCUCUCUCCCUUUCUCUUUCCCCAUCUCCUCCCUUCCCCCGCGACUCCUGCCUCUCGCUUCCCCACGCACACCAUCCCAUGCACGCCACGCACAUGCAGGGAACGCCUGGACAAGCUGGACACAGGUUCGCGGUCCUCGUUCUCAGGCCCCUGCACGCUUGUGCAGUUCUGCUCCGUGGACGACGACGACGACGACGAUGGGCACAGGGACGAGCGGCAGCAGGAGGAGGAGGAAGAGGGGCGUGGCCGCAAGUCAAAGGCCGGCCGUCGCAAGCGCGCGCAGCGCAGGCGCUCCCGCAGCAGCGGUUCAAGCCACACCGAGGAUGAUGAUGAGGGAGAUGAGACAGAGAGCGACCAUCCCGGGGACAGCACCACGCCGUCUCUCACUCCAGAGGCCACCACGCCCGUGUCAGCUGCCAUGGCUGCUGCCAUGGAACUCCAGCUCCCCCCCGAGGAAGCCCAUGCGCUGGUGGCGGCUGCUGUUGCUGCCUCCUCCUCCUCCUCCUCCUCUGGCUUCUCUGGCCUUCCUCCCAACCCGCUUCGGCCCACGGGAAGCCUUCGCACCACAGGCAGCCUGAGGCCUCAGCCAGGAUCCAGGGACAUGCGGUCCGCUCUAGGCCGAGGGAGGGAGGGCGGGUCGGGGAUGCUGAGGAGAGGGCGGGAGGGCGGAUCGGGGUCCCUGGCGUUUUCUGCAGGAGGCGGUGGUGGGUUGGGGGGUUCUGGGUCUUCCCCUAAAAGGGUUGGCAGUGGCGGGAGAGGAGGAGAAGGGUUGGUGGGCACGGGGAGUGGCCGCAGAGAGGAUAUUUACAGUCUGAUAAUGUCUCAGAAGGUUAAUCAGGAUGACGAGAAGGUGCAGCGGCGAGGGUCGGGGCUGCAGAAGGGGGGGAGUGGGAGCAGGAGUGAUAGUGGUGGGAGCGGGAGCGUGGGUCGCGGUGGGAGUGGGAGGAGGAGCAGUAGACUGGACCCAAACAGACUCACUGGGAGGCGGUCGGAACUUAAAGCGUUUCUGGAUGAUGCUGAAGAUGAUGGGGGCAAGGGAAUUAGCAAGAGGAGCUCGGAUGUGAGUGGGCUGAGGGCUCUGGGGAAGAGAGAGAGCACGAGCGCUCAGUGGAAGGACGGGCGGGACGUGAAGGAGCGCGAGGGGAGUAAGAGCUUUGGAAAGAAGGUGGAAGUGGAGGAAGAGGAUGAGGAUGGGGAUGGGGAUGGGGAUGGGGCAGGGGGUGGUGUGACGGGUGGGGAGGAUGAUGAGAUCAGGGACGAGCUGAGGGAAGCAGGCAAGGGGCAUGUGAAGCAGAAGUCGUCCAUGACUGGGCUUACCAUGGACCAGAUCUGGGCUCGCAUGAUGAACAAACCUGCAGCCAUUGCGGAAGGGGGCAAGGGGGACGAGGACGAGGACGAGAGGGGGAGUUUGUCUGGUUCGGACAGGAGCAGGGGCGGGAGAGGCAGGAGGGGUGGUAGGCGGGGUGGCAGGGAUGGGGAUAGCGACAGGAGCAGGGAACGGGGGCGAGGAGACAGCAGGGGGAGUAGGGAUGACAGUAGGGAGCGAGGGAGGGAUAGGAGUAGGGAGAGGGAUUGGGACAGAGACCGGGAUUGGGAUAGUGAUGGGGAUAGUGAUAGGGACAGAGAUAGGGGCUGGAGAGGACGUAGGGGCGGGGAGAGAGACAGAGAUAGGGACAGUGACUGGGAUAGUGAUAGGGAAGGGAGGGGAAGGGGUAGUGAUUCUGAUAGUGAGAAGGGAGGGCGAGGGAAGAGGAGAGGAGGGAGGAAGGGGUCAGGAGGAGGGAGUGGAAGCGACAAGGAUAGGGACGAGGAGAGGAGAAGGGACGGCAGGAGGCGAAGCAGGAGCAGGAGCUCUGGCAGAAGAAGCUCUAGAAGCGGGAGCGACGAGGAGGAGAGGGAGAGGAGACAGGAGUUGAAGAAGCAGGACAGCGAUGGGAGCGACGGGGAGCUGUUGCCAGGGCUGGCAGAGGCGGCGGCGGCAGCAGCGGCUGGUACGCUGGUGAGCACACCAAGCCUGGGGCGGCUGGUGCAUGAGAAGGAGGUGGAGAUGGCUCGGAACCUCAAGACUCUGGAUGAAGAUGAUGACAAUGACAAUGACAAUGACAAUGAUGAUGACGAUGAUAUGGAUGGGGAGGCCGGUGCUCCGCCGGCUGCUGCUGCUGCUGCUGCUGCUGCCGCUGCUGCUGCUGCUGCUGCUGCUGCUGCUGCUGCUGCUGCUGCUGCUGCUGCUGCUGCUGCUGCUGCUGCUGCUGCUGCUGCUGCUGCUGCUGCUGCUGCUGCCACUGCUGCUCCUGCUGCUGCUGGUGCGGGUGAUUCUGCUGCUGGCGCUGCCGAUGCUUCUGUGCAGCCAUCUGUGCUGGCAGCAGACAAGGAAGGUGACAGUGCAGGUGACGUUCCCUCAGAAACAGCUGCUGGCAAGGAAGGGGCUGCAGCAGCUGCCGCUGCUGUUGCUGCUACUGGUGGCGAUGGUGCUGGUGUGACAGCAACAGCAACAGCAACAGCAACAGCCCAAGGUGGAGGUGAUGGGGAGGAUGGUGUGGACGAUGAUGACGAUGGGGAGAGCGACAGCGACGGCGAGGAGGAAGCAGCUGACGGCAGCCCGACGCUGGGGCGAACGUUCACAGUGAAGGCAUCGGGGGACCGCAUUCGGCAGCUGCUGCGCAGCCAGACCACGGACCGCGUGGCGGGGAAGAAGAGCCAGCAGGAGGGCGACAGCAGGGAGCCGGCACUCGUUAGAAGCAAGACCGCUGGGACCACCGUUCCCGUGCACCUGCAAGGCCAGGGGGUGAUUGGCAGGGUGGGCAGCGCUGCUGGUGGUGCUGGUGGUGGUGGCUUGGGGGUUGGGCGCACGGGCAGCAUGGGUGGCAGCAGGCUGGGUGUAAGCUCGUUUGGAGUGCCGGAGGGUGGGGGUCGGUUUGACGUGGCUUCAGCUGCUGCAGCGGCAGUUGCUGCUGUGCCUGGUGGGGCGCAGCCGUUGCUUGGCCCUGCUGCUGCUGUGGGGGCUGGAGCAGUGGCAGGUGAUGCCCCCUCCUCCACUGCUGGGAGCGCAGCGGAUGGAAGGCAGGGCGCGGAGGCAGCAGGAGCAGGAGCAGGAGCAGGGUCGGAUGGGGAGGAGUUGUCGGAGGACGAGGGGAUGGCGUGGGAGCGCGAGGUGAGGGAGGGGAGGGGUGGCUCGGGUCGGCAUAUGGAUGAGGAGUUGCCGCUUGGGUGGGGCAUGAAGGACCGCCUGGGCGGGCCCCGGGGAAGCUACCAUGAGAGGGAAGAGGGGGUUGAUGGAGAGGAUGAGGAGGGGGAGGAAGAGGAUGAGGAUGGGGAGGAGGAGGAGGAUGAGGAGGAGAUGGAUAUUGAAGAGGAGAUUGCACUGGCUAGGGUUGCGGCAUCGGAGAGCUUGAACAGGAGAAAGGCAGCGCAGAUGCUAGGGGAGCUAGGGCCGCGGGGAGGUGAUGGUGCUGCAGACACGGGGUGA